AUGAUUAGUAUUUUAUUUUUGAAAGAUGAUGAUCGCGGUGGAUUUUCAAAAGGCAACGCAGAUGCUAUUUAUCGACAACGUCGUUUGCUCAAUGAAUUUUCACCCGAUCUUCUAUUAGUUUUAAGUGCUGAUCAUGUUUACAAACUUGAUUAUCGUGAUGUAAUCGAUUUUCAUAAAGAACAUCAAGCUGAUGUAACUAUAGUUACAACAAAAGUGCCAGAAGGAGAUUCACUUUCACGUUUUGGAGUUGUUCAAGUUAAUGAUGAAGGUCGUGUUGUCAAUUUUGAAUAUAAACCAAAACAACCAAAAUCUGAUCUUGUAGCAACUGAAAUAUUUGUUUUUAAUUUUCCUAAAUUAAUGACUGCACUUGAUCAUGUAGCUAAUAAUACAGAAUUAAAAGAUUAUGGUGAAGAUUUAUUACCAGCAUUAGUUCAAGAAGGAAAUUCUUGGGAAUUUCGUUUGAAUAGUUAUUGGAGAGAUGCUGGUAUUCCAGAAAGUUACUGGAAAGCAAAUAUGGAUUUACUUUCAUCAAAAAAAGAAUUACAUUUAGAUGAUCCUGAAUGGCCUAUUCUUACACAUAGUACACAAUGCUUACCAACACAUAUACUUGAUUCAGCUCGUUUUGAAAAUAGUCUUAUUUCACCUGGUUGUAUCAUUGGUGGAACGAUUAUUCGAUCAAUUGUAGGACCAGGUUGUGUGGUCGAUAGAGGAGCAACUAUACGCGAUUCAAUUCUUUUUGAUGAAGUUCAUGUAGAAGAAGAUGCAGUAAUUGUACGAUCAAUUAUUGAUGAAAAAGUUGUUAUUGGUAAACGAGCAACAAUUGGUCUUGGAGAAAAAAAAGAAUUGACUAUGAUUGGUACAAAAGUUAAAAUUUCACAAGGUUCAAAUAUAGCAGCUGGAGAAAGAAUUCAUGCUGAAAAACCAAAAGAUUAA